AUGGCGCCUGCACGUGUGCUCGUGCUGAUCUCCGGCUCCGGCUCGAACCUCCAAGCCCUCAUCGACGCCUCGAACACGCCCGCCCUGCCCGACGUCGAGUUCGCGCGAGUCAUUUCCGAUCGCAAGGAUGCCUAUGGCUUGAAGCGUGCGGAAGCGGCGAAGAUCCCGACGACGUAUCAUGGGAUUCUGCCGUACAAGAAGAAGUAUCCCGACGAUAUCGAGAAUCCUCAAUUCUCGGAGGCGCGGGAGGCGUACGAUGCGGAUCUCGCGAAGCUCGUGGUGGCUGAGAAGCCGGACAUCGUGGUCUGCGCGGGGUUUAUGAGGAUCGUGACGCCGUCGUUUCUGGAGCCGUUGCACGAGGAGAAGGUCCCGAUCAUCAACCUGCAUCCGUCGCUGCAUGGGGAUCUGGUCGGGGCGCAUUGCAUUGAGAGGGCGUGGGAGGAGUUCAAGCAGGGCAAGAGGACGAAGACGGGGAUUAUGAUCCAUUACGUGAUUGCGGAGGUGGAUAUGGGAGAGCCGAUUGUGCAGCAGGAGGUGAGCAUUGAGGGGUGUGAGACGUUGGGGGAGUUGCAGGCGAGGAUACAUGAGGCGGAGCAUAAGUUGAUUGUGGAGGGGACGAGGAGGGUGGUGGAGAAGGGGAGGCAGUGA